GACCGCAAAACAGCACCAGUAACCUUAUCUGCAGGGAUCAUUAACCUUUCUGGAAAACGCAGCUGGCUGUGCUCUGAGGUUUGUCCUCAGAAUGUGAGGAGCGCCACACAGAUACCGCAGAGACUGUUCAAAGACUGUUGGGUUUACCUUGCGCGCUUUUGCUCCACCGUAGUGUGGCAGAAAAAUGAGAUUGCAACAAUUCUUUUUUCUGUUUCUUGUUUUUAUGAUGAGUCUUCUACUUACCCCCGGACAGAGACCAGCUAAUUUGGCAAUGAGAAGAAAAUUGCACAGGUACAACUGCCUUCAGAGGAGAUGUAUGCCUCUGCAUUCACGAGUGCCCUUCCCCUGAGAUCUUCUCUAACUUCUCCAGAUCUACCAGAAGAGGAGUGAAGGAAAAGAUACCCACCCACGUAAUAGUGUGAUUGAUUAGAAGUUUCUGUUUGAAAAGGAAUUGUUUGAAAGCAAUGGGAUGGCUUAUUAGUUUCACACGAUUCUCUUCUUUCUGGUUUCUCUUUAGAGAGAGAAUAAAUUCAAAAGCAAUUCCAGUCUGAAGUAUAAUUAUUUGCUUGCAUAACAAAAUUCUCUUAUCUUUUUCUGCACAUUAUUAUUCUUACCUGGUUUAAGAAGAAAAACUCUUUAAUGUCUUAGAACUCUCUAACAGUAAAAAGUGUAGGAGUUUAAAAUUGUCCUUUCAUAUUCUUAUAAUUUUCCGAAGGUAUUAAAAUUACUUUUUAUAUGUUUGAGUGAUUGUAAAAAAAAAUCCUAAAUCUGAAAUCAGUUGCAUUGGCUAUUUGGCUUUGCAGAAUAGGGAGAAAAUUAUUCGUUCAUUGAUUAUUUAUAUAGAGAGACUAAGAAAGAAGCUAUUAACUGCUACCAAUGUUAUAUAAUAGGCUUUAAUGUUUAUGAACGUACUUUUUACUUUGAAUAAUAUCCCUUUAUAGUUGUAAAAUAAAGUCUGAAAUACUAAUGGUAGUUCAGUUUAUAUUACAGCUGAAAUGUUUAUUUCUGAACCUAUUUUUCAACAUGUCAUCAUAA